UGAUCAAUGUUCAUUAAUAAUGUUAUUUUUUAUACUAAAGAUAGCACUUAAAUGAAAAAUAUAAUCUUAUAGCUUAAACUAUAACAGUAUAUAUAAGUUUGUUUUAGAUAUUCGUAUUCAAAAUUCAAUUGCCUUAAUUACAAAGGAAUGGGUCGUAAAUGUAGUGUAGAAGGAUGUUUAUCCGAUUCUAACAGACUAGAAGACAUCGGGGUAACUUUUCACAAAGUGCCUAUGCAUUCCGAUGUUAGGCCUAAAUGGAUGUCGUUGUGUCGAAUUCCUGAAGAUAAGAAACUUAUUAAAAUAAUAUACGUUUGCUCUCGCCACUUCCUUAGAGCUGAUUUCUGUAAUUUCAAAGGGAAGAAAUAUAUGUUAAGACAAGGGGUUUUGCCAAGUGUAUUUCCCUGGGAUAAAUCAAAAUUGGAAGCAAUAAAAGCGGAAGCAAAUGUAAAAAAAGAAACCGAUGAUGCCAGUACAAGCUUAAAGACUGAAGAAAACGAAGAAAGUAAGUUGGAAAUUAAAUUGGAACCAGAAGACAUUAAAAUGGAACCACUAGAAAGUGAACACUCAAUUUUAGAAGGUCAGUUAAAAGUGGAACCAAAAGAAAAGUUAGACGAAUUUGAAAAAUCAAAAUUAGCCCAAAACACCACAAGUCCUAUGACUUUUGCUAUCAAUUCACGAAUAGAAGCACUGGACUUUAAUAAUGAGUGGUAUCCUGCUCGAAUCGUAGAAGUUGAUUAUGAGGAAAAUGAAGUUCUUAUCCACUUUGAAAAAUUUUCUAGUAAAUAUGACGAAUGGAUUUGUAUGAAUAGCUCACGACUUAGACCAUUCCAGACGUUGACAAAGAAACCUACUGAAAAAUAUGUAAUAGGAGAAAGGUGCUUGGCAGCAUGGAGUGAUGCUAGAAAGUUUCCAGCCACUGUUACUAAAGUGAUGGAACAUGAUACAUACGAGGUUCUCUUUGAUGAUGGCUUUGUAAAAACAUUAAAGGCGCAUCGGAUGAGUAAGGCACAAGGAAAAAUCUUGCAAUCUUCUCCCCUUUUCGAUCCCAUCAAAAGCAGCAAGCAAGAUCGGAGGGAUAAAAAAAGAAAGCUCAAUGUCGCUGCUUUGUUCAGGAAGAGACCGAGGGUAGAAAAUGUCGAAGAAAAGUUGAAAAAAUCUACAACUGCUCCGGAAACUUCUACUUCCACUUCAUAUGACGACGCUAACUGGACACCUCAUUGGUAUAAAGGUAAGCCAGUCGGAGUUGAAUCUACUAUUGAGACAAGUGAUGGACCAAAGAAUUCAAUCAUUGUUCCUGAUCCGCGACUACCGCAUGGUUGGAGCAAACAUCUAGUUCGCAGGACACAUGGUUCGGCCACCGGAAAAUGGGAUACAAUUAUCGUUAGUCCGGAAAACCGUAAAUUUAGGUCUAAAGGGGAAAUUAGGAAUUUUAUCGAACAGAAUCCAACUUUGGCUAUAACCGAGCAAAUGUUCGAUUUUAGCCUGACAUCUAGGCGCCAGAGAAAGUCUGGCAGUGCAACCACUAAAAAAGCAGCCGUUGAACCUGAACAGCAGGAGCCUGUUCCUGUUCAAGAGCAGCAGUCGGAGCCUCCUGAACUGACAAACGAAGAAGCUAAUAACCAAAGUUUGAGGAUCCUUUUUGAAGACAAUGCAUACAAGUGUCCAAUCGAGGGCUGCGGCAAAAAUUUCCGCAGAGAAAACCUAGCGCAAAUGCACGUCAAACAUUACCACCCGGAAUACACAAAAUUUUUAGAUUCUACACCAAAUGUAGCUGAUUUAGCUUACGCUCGCACCGUUGGCGAAAACUUAGAUAAAUCUCCGGGCCCUUCAAAGCCCCCACCCCUGAAGCAAGCCGUUCGAACAUCAACUCCGAAAACACCAAAGCAGCCCAAUUCUCCUCUUUCGGAACCACCCGAACUUAAACCCGCCAUCAAGCCGCAGUCGCCGGCUCUAUCGAAAGCGAAGGAUGCAGAGAUUAUAAAAUUGUUAAGUGCGAAGCCAUUCGAAAAGAGCGAAUCGGAGACCGUGCAAGCUCUACCGCCUGGCUUACCAACAAACAUGUACCCCGAUAUCAAACUUAAGGAUCUUUUAAACAAGUCGGAAGCUAUGCCGAAACGUGACGAUAUCAACUUGAAAACUCUCUGCACUACCAGACCUCCCGUCGGCAUCAAAACUCUGCUACCAGUGGUGAGGAGUUCGAACGUGGAAACGAACGUCGAGGAACCUCCGAAACCGACUGUCAAACGUAAACGGAGGAUUUCCGAGAACAUCGAGAUCGUGAAAGGUAAAGAGAACCCACCACCCACCGCCACAACACCAUCUUCUCAGCCCCCCGCAUCAACUCAACCACCAUCAACAACACCCCUCGAAACACAGCCACAACAACAACAACAACAACUACCACAACAGCCACCACCGCAACCACCGCCUAACGAUAUAAUUAUUGAAGGUGGUGAGGUUAUAAAGAUAGUUAGGAUGCGGCAGGAAGAGAUCAUCAACUGCACCUGCGGCUUCACCGAAGAGGACGGCCUGAUGAUCCAGUGCGAGCUGUGUCUGUGCUGGCAGCACGCCUACUGCAACAACAUCGAGCGUGAGAGCCAGGUUCCCGAGAAGUACGUCUGCUAUAUAUGUCAGCAUCCUCUAAGGGAGAGGAUGUCCAGGAAGUAUUUCCACGAUCAGGACUGGUUGAAGCAGGGUACGCUUCCCACGGGUAGUUACCAUAGUAAGGACGAGGAGGCCGUGCAGAAACGGUUCGAGAAGCUGAAGAAGUGUCACGAUUUGUCUGGGGGAUUACUCGAAUUGAGGGAAUACAUGCACAGCCUCAGUAUUAAAAUGAAAAUUGCAGAAGCAAAAAACCACCCCAAACUGUACCUUUGGUCGAAAGCGUGGGAAAAACUUCCUCUUCCGGAGAAAAUCAAAGAUGAACACGAAGACAAAAAACCAAAAUUGGAAAACGACCACCAAUACAUGAAAACCGAGCUGGAUCUGGACAAACAAGAACCGCAAAACGACUCCAUGCUGAUGAUGAUACUGAAAGCCGGGAAAGACGUGAUACCCAAACUCGACCUGAGCACUCUGAUGGACGGCAACAUAGGACAAUCAGGGCCCAUCAUUCCUCAGCCGGAAGCUGCGAUCGACUCGGCUGAUUGUCGAUUGAAUCUCCUGGAACACAUUAUCCACCAAGAGUCUUUAGUCGAGGAGCGACUGGAUGAUUUCGAGAAACAAAUAGAGGCCUUAGAAGAUGGCAUGAACGUAGAAUCGGAUCCGAAUUAUCCCAAAACAAGGCAAACGCUUCAAAUGCUGAUUAGAGAUUUGGGUAUGUUGAAAGAGUUUAGUCAGAGUACGACGAUUUAAUCUUUGGUUAUUUAUAUAAAUAUUUAUGUUAUCCUUAAUACAAAUUUGUUAUGUGUUUCUAUAGUUCUAUGAAAUAAAAUAAAUUAAUACACUUUA